AUGAUGUUCUACACUCAGCUCUUCACAUCCAAGCGCGGGCCUCUGGCCAAAAUUUGGUUAGCAGCUCAUUGGGAGCGGAAAAUCACCAAAACUCAUGUGUUUGAAUGCAAUUUGGAGAGCACCAUCAAAGACAUAAUCUCCCCACAGAUAAAGAUCGGCUUACGAACUUCUGGCCACCUACUUCUGGGAAUAGUGAGGAUAUACUUCAGAAAAGCCAAAUAUCUCCUUGCUGAUUGCAAUGACGCUGUUGUCAAAAUCAAAGUGGCCUUCAGACCAGGACAGACUGACAUGCCUGCUGAGGCACUGGAGGCCACACUUAAAGCAAUCACAUUAAUGGAGGAUUUCACUGACUUUGAUUCCCAGCUACCAGAUGCAAAUGCCAUAGGUGUUGUGGACCAUUUUUCACUGAAUCAGUGCCGAACAGAGGACAUCACCCUCAAAGAGGAUUUUGGAAAUAGCUUUCUCACAUUUGAGGACUUUGGUGAUGAGACCCAGUCUCACCAAGGGGGCAUGUUAGACGUGAGUUUCCUAAGCCUGGCCCAGCAAGGAGAUGCUUUUGGCGAUGAGGACACAGGCUUGGACAUCCUGGACUGUCUAGCCAGUUCCAGUGAGCAUGCUGUUUUGACAGAUUUUUUCGAAGCCGAACAACAAAAUAUGUUGCCGGAGACUGCUAUGAUGGAUGUUAACCAAGAAGGUCGUCCAGACAGCUCUACUACAUCUGCACCCAUGGAGGAGGAUCACCCUGUCCUGAAUGAGACAACUCUGUUGGGCAAUGAGGAGGAGGGCUUUGCUCUGGAGCCUGUCACUGUUACGCCAACCUUAGAGAGGAGGAAGGGGAAGAGGAGAAGGAGACUGGUGGUGGACCAGGCCAAGGAGCUGUCCAACCAGGCCAUCAGGGAGCAACUCUCUGACUACUCAGAUCUCACUGCCCCACUGGACAUCGCCCCGCCUACCCGCCAACUCAUGCAAUGGAAAGAGAGUGGUGGGGUGGACAGGCUCUUCAGUCACCUCUGUGCCCCUGUCAUUCAUCCACACCUGCAACAGCUCUAUUCCAGGGAUGUGUUCCGUGUGAAAACAGAUGGAGUUGUCAAUGAAGAUGACCAUGAAGAGAUGAGAGAGGAGAGACAUGAGGUGGAAACAGAUGCAAGCACCUUGCUCAGUGUCCUGCAUGAGACCAUGGAUCCUGAGAGAAUUGGACACAAUGUGGAGCUCACUCCUCUGCACCACUAUGGGAAUGACAACCCACCUGAAUACCUCUGGGACGCAGUACAUGAUGGGAGCAGGUUGGAGGUCUCUCAACCUGAGCUCCCGUCUGAGGACUCCAUAUAUGUUCAUCCUUCUGGAAUGGAAAGGGAAACUCCAUCGACUGUACCACGGAACACACAGUCUAUGGUGGACAGCCAGGAUGACUUGGAAGAGAAGAGGAUGACCAGCCGAGCACAGAAACUACUAAAUGCUCUCAAAAUUCAGAGCAGCAACGCCAUGUUCAGCCUGAAGACUCUGUGUGAGAGGAAUAGUCGCUCCCAGGCCGCAGCCACCUUCUUCUGUCUUCUGGUGCUGAAGAAACAACAGGCCCUCGACCUGCACCAAAGCGAGCCUUACGCUGACAUUAUGGCCACUCCUGGACCCAGGUUCUAUGAGACGUAGAGUAGGACUCGUAGUGGAGGAGGUUUUGAU